GCCAAUAUUGGCUGGUCUUCUCCUUGCCGAUUACUUCUCGCUUCCUUGCAUGCAGAACAUUUUCACUGCUCAUCUUCUCUCCUUUGGCAUUUUCUAUGCAGCCGUCGUCCUGUCUCCCACUGACUGCCUCCCUUACACCCCUAUACUUUCAGCUGUAUUUUCAUUCUUUUUUUGCAUUUCAGCUCUAUGUAUAUGUCUCUCAUUUACUGGCAUUUUCUUAUUGCUUGAUUCCUCUUCCGUUCUGACCAGGUUGAUCCUGUCGUCGUCAUCUUCUCGAUACCAUAUCGUCCGGUCGAAUAUAUUUCCCUCGAAGAUACUCGCUUUUUUUAAAUAGCCAUUAUCCUGAUUGCAGCGCGCUUUCUUUUAUGCUGCUAUAUUAUAACCGUCACGGUCACUCUCCCUUGCUCAGACCGAACCCCUGAUUGUUCCCGAUCUUUAUCUCUACAUCUUCGAAGCAGGUCUUCGUCGAUAUGCGAGGUUUCUUUGCUCGGGCUGCCAUUGUCCUUCUGGGCCUUUUGCCCACUCGCGUUCUCUCUGCCGACGUCCUUUCCACUGAUGGCUAUUCAUCCUGUCUUGCCAACUCCGAUAUACAAUUCCAAAGAUUAGACGCCACGUUUGAUCGCUCCACAGGCGUUGUCAACUUCGAUGUUCAAGGAACAAACUCAAAAGCACAGAAUGUUACUGGGCUGGUGACAGUUUAUGCUUAUGGUCAUCAAGUUUACACAACUGAUUUCGAUCCUUGUAGCCCUGACCAUUAUAUUGAGCAGCUUUGUCCCGUUCCCACUGGCACUUUCCAGGCCAGUGGAUCACAGCAGGUACCCUCUGAAUAUGCUAGCAAGAUACCCUCGAUUACCUUUUCAGUCCCCGACCUGGAUGGAGAGGUGAAACUGGAGCUGAAAUCCCAGAACGAUGGCUAUGAUGCUGCUUGCAUUACGUGCAACUUUAACAACGGCAAAACUGCCCAUGUACCCGCUGUAUCUUAUGCGGCUGCUGGUGUGGCAGGCGCUGCUCUUGUCAUGUCUGGAGUUUCGGCUAUUGGCGCUGUCGGUGCUGGCAACGCCGCAGCGGCCUCGAAAGGUCCCGGUUUCGGUGUUAUGAUGGGAUGGUUCCAUUCAAUGGCGACAAAUGGAAUGCUCAGCGUCAAUUACCCCCCGAUAUACCGUAGCUUUACGAGGAAUUUUGCUUUUAGCACCGGUCUGAUCCCAUGGGCCGAAAUGCAGCGGUCUAUCGACAGCUUCAGACAGCAUACAGGCGGAAACCUUACUGGCGAUAACUAUGAAUACCUCCAGAAUUCCACGUUGAUAUUUUCGAGUGGAUCUUCUUCAAAAUCGAAACGGGCAUUUGAUUUCAUCACUGGGGCCUAUGAACUGCUACCUCGGGAUUUUUCCACUUCGACCGACUUGAAUUCAACUAGCGACAACUCCACCAGUAGCAGCGACGGUUCCCAUAAUAUCUUUACCGUUUCUGGUAUCAAAGCAGUCUCGGAGCAACUGACCAUUCCUCAUUCGAACACCUUCAUGACAGUUCUUUUAAUAUUCGCCAUUGUGGUCGCCGCAAUCGUCGUGGGCAUUUUGCUCUUCAAGGUCAUCUUGGAGUUGUGGGCUCUGCAUGGAACUUUUCCACGGAAACUCUCGAAUUUCCGCAAAGACUACUGGGGCCUAAUGGCUCGAACUAUAACCAACUUGAUUUUAAUUCUGUACGGCAUUUGGGUGUUAUAUUGCAUCUAUCAAUUCACUAACGGUGAUUCGUGGGCUGCCAAACUUCUUGCGGCCGUCACACUGGUCGCUUUCACCGUUAUUCUGGCGUUUUUUUCAUUCCGUAUUUGGCAGUUGGCUCGCAGGUAUAAACGAGCUGAGGGUGACGCGUCUCGUUUGUAUGAAGACGAAGAGACAUGGCGCAAAUACAGCCUCUUCUACGAAAGUUAUAAAAAAGAUUAUUGGUGGGUUUUUAUACCCAUUAUCGUGUAUUCCUUUGCAAAAGGCUGCAUUAUUGCGGCUGGCAACGGUCACGGACUCGCUCAAAGCGCCGGUCAACUCAUUCUCGAGGCGCUGCUGCUAAUUCUCCUGUUGUGGAAACGACCGUAUGUUGCCAAGUCGACUCAGUGGAUUAACAUCACGAUCCAGGUAGUCCGUGUUAUAUCCAUCGCUUGUGCCCUGGUUUUCGUGGAGGAACUGGGCUUUAAUCAGACUACCAAAACUGUGACUGGAGUUGUUGUUAUGGCCAUCCAGUCCGCGCUUACAGGUAUCCUGGUUAUUCUCAUGGUUGUGAAUGCUCUCAUUGCAUUCAUUAGGGAAAAUCCUCACGUAAGGCGGAGGAGAGAAGCCAAAAAAUUGAACCAUGAUAUGGACGACUUAACGCCUUUGGAUGCGCGGGAUUCGCUCCUCAUAGACCAUCGUCCUGAUGUGAAGGAUCAGCGAGAACUAGGCAAAUUCAACUAUCCCAGUCCGUACGAGCCUUACCGGGAUCAGCCUCUAGCCAGGGCAGGGCACAAUCCUACUGGGAGCACCGACCGUUUGGUUGAUACGUACUAUGCUGAACCCAAGUUGGACCGAAGUUUGAGUCGCGAUAGUCAGCGAACUGGCCGCAGCGGCUCUCCUGAAAAUUACAAACCAGUCAAUAACCCCCACUAUGGUCUUGCAAUUUGAGCCAGGCGGCGUGUGAAAUUAUUGGCUAGCGAUUAUGUUCUGUUUAUAUCUUUUCUGUUUUGUUUGAAGUGUAGCCUAGGUGUUGUUGGACCUUUGCGUAUCUGAAUAUUUACUCCCUCCUUACUGGACUUCCCCUCCAAGACUUUUUGCUCGGUAUCAAGUUCCCUUACGCAUUAUUUACUUGUUUUCCCGCUUCGAUGUUUUCCUUAUUCUCCCUUUUUAUUCGGCGAAAUGCAUACAUCCUUUGGGGUUUAUUUCGAAGGCGAGCCCCACCGUGGACUCCAAAGUACCUAAACCGAGUCAUACUGUCUUCUGGAUACUCACUACAGAAAU